AGGCGGUUGACAUUCUAUGCAAAAACUGCAAUAUUUAAUUGAGAUGGGUAAUGGUGAAAUCAUUCUUGAAGUUGGAGUUGGUGAAGGCGAGGAAAGUGAGUUGAUUGAAGAAGAUUACAGAGCUUCUGUGGCAACACUCGAGUCUAUUGCGACGACACUAGAAGCAGAUUGUGUCGUGCUUCGUGAGAGAACUUGCGAAUGCGGAAUUGUUGGUCAGUAUUUAAUCCGCCAUCGAGCAGAUCAAGAAGAUUUCGUGGAAAUUCGAGUCGCUGUAAUUGGUAAUGUCGACGCGGGUAAGUCGACUUUACUUGGUGUUUUGACCCAUGGUGAUUUGGACAGUGGCAUAGUUAAAGUUCAUUUGAGUAGUAAACAGUUAAGGGUGUUUACAACGAAUUACCUAUAA